AUGUCUCCCACGCCGGGCAUCUCUGCCUUCCCUGACACCGACGGCAACAUGUUGCACUGGACCGCCACUCUGAUCGGGCCCAGAGAUACAGCCUAUGCAGACCUCACCUUCAAACUCAGCUUCGAAUUCCCCAACAACUAUCCUUACCGUGCCCCCACCGUCAUCUUCAAGACACCGGUCUACCAUCCCAACAUCGACUUCAGCGGAAGGAUAUGCCUCGACAUUUUAAAGGACAAGUGGAGUGCUGUUUACAAUGUCCAAACCGUGCUGUUAAGUCUACAGAGUUUACUGGGAGAGCCCAACAAUUCCAGUCCGCUGAACAGCGAAGCCGCCCAACUUCACCAGAGUGACCCUGAGGAAUUCCAGCGAAAGGUCUUGGCUCGUCACCAGGAUCUUGAUGACUAG